UGUCACAUCUCGCCUCAGUGCCGGGCGUGUAGCCCCAACCGCCAUCCACUGUCGCCCACCCACUUCCGUUAGUACCUUAUCCAGAUCUGUACCUUUAUCUUCCUACCCAUCCCCCAUCCUCCUCGGCACGCCUUCUUGGCUGCCGCUCCCACCCUUGCUGCUGCAGUUUGGCUUCCUCUACCAAACUCAGACAGCUCCGUCAAACAAGCUCCACCACCUUGACAGUUUGUCGGUCCGCAGCAAGGGCACACAGCAAUCGCAAUGGUCUCCGAGCAGGUCUCCGAGCAAAGCCCCCUCCUCUCCAACGAGGGCGAGGGCUCGACUCGCGCAGAUCAUGGCAGCGACAGCGGCAACGGCGGCGCCGACAUGGACAGGAGGCGCCGCUGGUCGCGCCUGCGCGAGGCCGGCAUCUUCAUUUGGGCCCUCGUCGCAACCGCCGCCGUCAUCGUCAUAGCUGUCUGGGCCCAGCACAACCAGCAGACAUCUCGCCCCCCGAGUCGCGCCGACAAGCGCAACCUCGUUUUCAUGGUCUCCGACGGCAUGGGCCCGGCCUCCCUCUCUCUUACUCGUAGCUUCCGUCAGCACGUCGACGGUCUGCCCGAUAACGACACCCUGGUCCUUGACAAGCACUUCUGGGGCUCCAGCCGCACCCGCUCCAGCAACUCCCUCGUCACCGACAGCGCUGCCGGCGCAACCGCCUUCUCGUGUGGCAAGAAGAGCUACAAUGGCGCCAUCUCUGUCCUACCAGACUACGAACCCUGCGGCUCCGUCCUUGAGGCCGCCAAGAGGGCCGGCUACAUGACCGGCCUCGUGGUCACCACGGACAUCACCGACGCAACCCCCGCGUGCUUUGCCAGCCACGUCCUUCUCCGCCAAAUGCAGGACGACAUCGCCCUUCAAGAAGUCGGCCAUGGUGUGCUGGGUCGCUCAGUCGAUCUCAUGCUUGGCGGCGGCCGGUGCCACUUCCUGCCCAACGGUACCGACGGCAGUUGCCGCGCCGACGACGUCGACGUUGUCAAGCUGGCCCAAGACAAGUACGGCUGGACCUACACCGACAGCCGCGACGGCUUCGAUAAGCUCAAGGGCGGCAAAAAGGCGAAACUUCCUUUGUUGGGUCUCUUCGCCUCAUCCGACAUCCCGUUCGAACUGGAUAGGCAGAACGAGAAUGACGUCUACCCGAGUCUCAGUGAAAUGGCCAAGACGGCGCUGCGCGCGCUCGAGCGAGCCACAUCGGACAGCGACAGGGGCUUCUUCCUCAUGAUUGAGGGAAGCCGCAUCGACCAUGCCGGCCACAUCAAUGACCCCGCCGCCCAGGUUCGAGAGGUUCUCGAGUACGACAAGGCGUUCAAGGCUGUCCUGGACUUCAUCGACGACACGCAGACGGAGACCGUCCUCGUAGCCACCAGCGAUCACGAGACCGGCGGCCUCGCCACCGCGCUGCAAGAGCCCGGCCACCUCCCCGUGUACAACUGGUAUCCUCAAGCCCUCGCCCAGGCCUCGUCGUCGUGCGAGAGACUGGCCGGCAAGCUCCAGGACUACGUCUCGAAGCAGCCUUCGCCUCUCUCGCAGUCCGACCUCAAGACCUGGAUUAACGACGAGCUCGUCGUCUCUGGCCUGGGCGUAACCGACGCAACCGACGAGGAGCUAUCUCUCCUCGCCACGGAUCCCGAUGACGCCACCAGUAACUUCGCCGCCAUCAUCUCGCUGCGCGCGCACGUCGGCUGGAGCACGCACGGGCACACGGCCGUUGACGUCAACGUCUACAGCUCCGGCGGGCCCCAGGCAGCCAGCAUCCGCGGCAACGUCGAGAACACGGACGUGGGCAAGUUCCUGAGCCACUAUCUGGACGUAGAUGUGGAUGCCAUCACCGAGGAGCUGCGCGAGAAGACGGCCCGCCCGAGCGUCAUCGCGGCUGCGGGAGCCGAGCAUGCGGCGCCGCAGUGGACGAGCAACUACCACGAGUACGACGGCUUGCAGUAGAGGCCUCCUACCACAUUUGAUUGUUGCAUUUGAAGCGUAUACCUGCAGGGAUUUUUUUGAUUUUUUUUUAAAAUCUAUUGCCGGGGCAUUCGGUGUAAUUCCUGCGUGAAUCGGUGAGCGUCGACAUCUGGAGCCGCGAGCAGCCAUGGCGUCGAACACGGUAACAUACAGAGAGAGAGGCAGGGUUUCAGAAUCGCAUGCCCCACGUGGUGGUAUCUCAUGCUAUUAUUAACGUUACUAAUAGUAGUACACAACCAUACCGGCGGGAGGAACAACAGCGUGCAUACAUUGAUAGCCCAUGGAACGAACAAGGCAGUACACCCAGACUCGGUAACAAAGACCACCUUCUAAAGCGUCCCAUGAAACGCCGAAAAUCAUCGCUCGCGAUUCACAAUCCUGCUCCCGUGAUAGUGAUCAAGUAGCAGUCGGACAGAGCCGAGCUUGAGAGCAAGGGUCCCUCGCUUCUUCCCGCUCGCUGCCGCCCACGGACAGACCCAGCUCCCCUUUUUACCUUUGCGCGCGGUCAAUGUUAUACCGCACAAAAAGCCGAUCCAAGAAAUGAGAGUGGCGGAUACCGUUUGGCCGUGCCUUGGCAAAG